AAAGUUUGGCUUUCCCUAUUUUUCUUAGCAUAAUUCAUUAUGAGAAAUACAGACGCGUAUGUACGUACUGUACCUCGCUAAUUAUAUUUGUGUGUAUGUGUAAAUGUAAAUGUGUCGUGAGUCAGAAGUUGGAAAUUAUUUUUUAAAAAAAUUUUAACGUCUAUAUACUUAGGUACCUGGAUUUCGUGUGUUUUAUCGACAGUUUCUCUGAAAAGCAUGAUCAACAACACAUAUACAAUACGAUAAGUAGAUUUGUUAUAAAGAACUGUACGAUCGCCUGUAUUCUCAUUGUCAAAAGUUCUCUCCACUUAUUAGGCAGUUUAGUCGUUCACAUUUUUAUACUUUUUGAUUCGUAAUGGCCACGUUCGUACCAUUGUUGAGUUUGGGCCAACUAAUUUUUUUAUUAACCGUUUGUUGUACACUGACAGAGGUUUAUGGUCAAAAUGGCAACACACGAGGAAUACCUCCGCGUCGACCACCUACCGGACCGUCGUGUCAUUGUGACUGUCAACCACAGCAAUGUCCACCAUGUCCAACAGUUUGUGACAAUUCUAAAAUUGAAAAUAAAUGUUCGGAGAAUCUUAAACAUUUAUUGGAUACGACGUUCAUGCACGCAGAGAAGUGGGGUAAUGAAUCCAAAACCGCAGUCAAGAAUUAUAACAACCAGAUGCAACAACAGAUUCGUUCGAAUGCCGAAUAUUCAACUAAAUCAGCCACUCUAAUUGAAGCUACAAAAAUCAACUUGCAAAAAUUGAGAGAAUACCAGAAUAAGUUCGAACAAACCGUACCACUAAAGGAAAACGUCCCUUUUGCGUUCGACCAUCGCGCGUUGAAAGAAUAUAGGAAUGUAAUACUCCAAAUUGUCGCAACGGAAGCAAUUCUGAAGAAGAUUCAACCAAGCGAAACAGAACAGAAGGAAAAACAUUAGGCCCCAUUCUACUCGUGGUCGACUGAGUGGAGAAAUUCAUUGAAAAUAAGAAAAAAUGGACAAAAACAAUUGUAUUCUGAUUGUUAAUUAUUCUAUCCAUACCUUACCUAUACGUUUAGAUGUUGUACAUCAAAUCAGUUUAUAAUUUGGUUACUAUUAAAUACUUAUCAUAUGA